AUCGACUUCACUGAUCUGGGUGGAAAGUGAACUUGGCGCUGCCAUCAACCGAUGACGACAAGCAUGGACCAAGAGCCCGAACCGAUCUACUACUUCAACACGAUCCAAGGCGAAGUCAAACGCGUGGCGCUGCAGACACUGGAGGCGGUUCUCAAGGACAAGACGUAUCAUCCGGUCGAGGCCCCAACAUGGGUGCACGACAUCACGCAUAGCUGCCUUCACUCACUCAAGAAUCUUGCCGAAGGCGCGGCAGGGUUCAAGUUUAUCGUUAACGUAACGAUCCUGCAGAAGAAGAACGGAGGCUUCCACACCAACACAUCGUGCUUUUGGAAUGCCGAGACGGACGGGCAUGUUGCGGUGCGAUACGAAUCGUCGACCAUUCUCGCGUUGUGUUCGAUAUAUGCGAUUAGUUUGCUAUAAUGUACCUCCCAAAGUCUCA